AUGGAUCAAGUCAACAAUGAUCUAUGUUUCAAUGAAGCAGUGAGACAUAUAGAGGACAAAAUAAUAACGAUUUCCGGUAAGAAAUUGUCUGACUUCGGUAUGCCUACACCAGAGCGUCGAGGAGAGUUGUCGACCGAUUUGAUCAAAGAGCUAAGCUACGAUAUUGCUUUAUUAGACGCUCAGGUCAGCGAAACUGAACCACGCCUGCUACCCGAACAAAAAAAUAUUUAUAACAAAAUAUUACAACGAGUUGAGCUUGACAAAGGCGGCCUUUUCUUUCUUGACGCCCCGGGCGGUACAGGUAAAACAUUUUUGCUUAAUUUGCUUCUAGCAAAAAUUCGUAAGGACCGUAAAGUUGCAUUAGCGGUGGCUUCCUCUGGGAUCGCUGCAACAUUGCUGAGCGGUGGACGAACGGCACAUUCGGUUUUUAAAUUACCUCUUAAUCUGGCGAGCGAAGAAACCCCAACGUGCAACAUCAGUAAGAGCAGUGCCCGUGGCGCCCUCUUGCAACAAUGUAUGCUGAUCGUGUGGGACGAGUGCACUAUGUCACACAAACGCGCCAUUGAGGCGCUUGAUCGCUGUCUACAAGAUAUUCACAGCAAUCGAAAGUUGAUGGGUGGUGUGGUAGUGUUAUUGGCAGGGGAUUUUAGACAGACUUUACCUGUUAUCGAGAGAGGCACUGCAGCAGAUGAAAUUAACGCAUGUCUAAAAGCCUCAUAUCUGUGGUCUAAAGUUGAAGAGCUUUAUCUUACCACUAACAUGCGAGUCCAGUUAUUCAGCGAUGUCGAAUCAGGAGCAUAUGCUCAAAAACUGCUAGAAAUUGGUGAAGGCCACCUAAACACCGACCAAGAAGGUAUGGUUCUUUUCACACAGCAAUUUUGUCAUGCUGUGGAGACAGAAAACGAACUUAUUGAACAAGUUUUUCCGAAUCUGCAACAAAAUAUUCUUGACGAAAAUUGGUUGUGUGAAAGAACCAUAUUGGCACCAAAAAAUGAGAUUGUUGCGAAAAUAAAUAAAAAAAUCUUGGCCGAAAUAAACAGCGAAACAUCAGUGUAUAAUUCCAUUGACACAGUUAUGUCAUCCGAUGACACUACAAGUUAUCCCGUAGAGUUCCUAAACUCUUUAGAGUUGUCCGGGGUGCCAUCACACAAGUUGGAAUUAAAGGUAGGUGUACCCGUUUUGUUAAUGCGUAACCUGGAUGCGCCAAGAUUAUGCAACGGUACUCGGUUGCGAGUUACCGAAUUAGGAAGGCAUAUAGUGAAGGCUACAAUUUUAACUGGAGAAGCCAAGGGAGACAAUGUUCUUAUACCGCGCAUCCCAAUCAUACCCAACAACUUGCCAUUCAAUUUUAAACGCCUGCAGUUCCCAUUAAAAGUCGCAUUUUCAAUGACGAUCAACAAAUCGCAGGGUCAAACCUUGAAGGUAGCAGGCCUACAUUUGGGCACGCCAUGUUUUUCUCACGGUCAGCUCUAUGUGGCUUGCUCACGUGUUUCCAAAGCGAAGAAUCUGCAUGUUUAUGCUGAAGGAAAAAGAUCGUUAAAUGUAGUUUAUAGGAGCAUACUGCAGUAG